UGAGCACUCGACCCGCAAUUUAAAUUGUACUGCGUACAAACAAACAGCACGUUUUGCAUAUGCUAUGCAUACAACAUGGUUAUUUCCGGUAGCUUUAAUAUUCGGCUUGACCACCCUCACAACUUCUAAGAAAGUUUGUGAAACUGGAUGGAUUCCAUAUGGUGACCACUGCUACAAGUUUUCGAAUACCUCAACAACGUUUAAGGAUGCAGUUACAAGGUGCUAUGGAAUGAACUCAAACUUAGUGGAACCAAAUGCAGCUGCUGAGGAAAAUUGGAUGCUCGUCCAGGGUGUAGUUAGAGGAAUACGAAGAUUAUGGAUAGGCGUCACAGACCUGCUUCAGAACCAAACCUUUGUGUAUAUUUCUAACGGCAACGAUGUUCAAGAAGCUUACAACAACUGGGACAAAGGACAGCCUGACCCGGAGAAUACAGAACAUUGCGUUGCUCUACCUGCUGGAUACAAAGGAUGGCAUGAUUAUCCAUGUGAUUCGAUGUUUCAUUUUGCAUGCACAAGAGGGAAAAAUUAGCAACGAUCCGCUUUAUCACUUUAUCAACAUCAUUUAGAUUUAAAUUUGAUGGAAGAAAAGAAAGAAAUAAAAUGUCUAUCCUA